ACGGACGAUUUGAUAGACCUCUACAGGGAAAGGCACCAUACCCUACCGAUGUCACCUUUAAUGGAAGAAAAUGACACGCCUCUCCUUAAGGUUUACGUCAUGCCAGACAUAGAGUCAGUGGAAAUUCAGAGAGCACGUGGAGGUGGCAAAGAAAUUAGAUCAAAAGUUACGUCAUUGCAUGGUGUUUUCUACAAGGAAAAUGAACCAUGUCGCAAAAUUUACGUUACUGCGGAUGCUGGGUUUGGGAAAACAGCAUUAAGUAAACGGCUCGUUUUAACGUGGUGUCAAGCCAAAAAAUGUAUCCCAAACGAAGAUGAACAUUUUAAGAAGGAAGACAUUAGUACAAUGUCGAACUUUGACUUUGUGUUUUUGUUGUCUUUACGUGAUUGUUCCGAAGAAUGGGACAUUGAUGAGAUGAUCAAAAAACAAAUAACUAAUGAUCUAGCACACAUUAUUUCAACUAGUGAUUUUGAAAACAUUCUUUCUAGGGAAAAAUGUCUGAUAAUAUUGGAUGGAUUGGACGAAUUCACACACGCAAAAUAUGACAUUCCACACAGGAAAGCUAGGGGGAAUUGUACAAUUCUCACAACAACUAGACCGUGGAAGUUGGGCGUUAGUAAGAUACGUUCAUGCGAAAUAGAGCGAAAGCUGGAACUUAUUGGACUAAGUAAAACGUCUUCUAAAAGUUUAACAAGGACUGUGAUCUCACUGUUAUGUGGUAAAACUGGCAUAGAAAAACAUAUUCAAGAGUUUGAUCGCGCUAUCUGUGAUAGGGGUAUUUCGGAUUUGGAAACUAUUCCACUCUUACUGAUGUAUCUUUUGUGUUUAUGGUGUGAUGGAAUAGAGCUAGGAGCAUCUAGAACUGAGUUAUAUUGUCAGACUAUUGAACUGCUCCUUAAACGAACGUUUGAAAAAUAUCCCGACAUGCAACAGUCGCGCGAACAGUCCCAGAGUGAUAUCCCACAGUGUUUCAGUGAACAUGAACAUUGUAAGGAACACUACACAUUUCUGCAAGCUUUAGGACAAUUAGCAUUUGAAACGUUAUUCAGUGAAAACAAAGAAAGCACCCUUGUGUUUAGCCAGUCAGUGACAGAGAAACAUCUAACCCCAGAGUAUUUGAAAUUAAGUCUUAACUCGGGAAUUUUAACACAAAGUACAGAAAAGACACUAACAAAACAAAUUUCGAAAUUUUCGUUUUCGCACAAAACCAUUCAUGAGUUUUUUUGUGCAUUGUACAUUAGCUGUCAAAAUGAAAGUGAUGUCAAAAACAUUGUUCUGAACAAAUGCAAAAGUUUGCAAAGUAUUCUUGACAUGUCGACAGUGCUUGUUUUCAUCAGCGGAAUGGUGAAUGCAGAAAUCAUUUCUUCAAUAUCACAGGAAUUUCUUUCUGUUAUCAGCGAAGAUAAGAUAACGAGCGAAUACAGAUCCACGACUGGUGAUAUUUUAAGUUCGGGCUGUAAACCUCUGAAAGACAUACAAGACAUGUACAUUUCUUGUAUGAAAGAAAACACGAGCGAUAAGGAACUCAAACUUUUCUGUCAAGAUUUUUUCUUUAGUGAAGAUUGUAAAGAAGAGAAAUACUUUUCUUAUUUAGCACGGCUCACGGUACACAAUAAAAACAACAUGGCGUCAAUAAAUAUCCACACAUAUUGUGAUCCUAGUUUACGUGAAAUUAUUGAUUCUUGUGAAUUGCACGAACUGUUCCAGAUCAAUAAAAUAUACUACCGCGGUAAAGUAGAAAACGCACAGCUUCCUGUACUGUUGGACAAGUCGCCGAAAUGUGUCACUGUUAGAUCGUCUGAUUCUUGGAGCCGUGAAAUGUUGGAAACAUUACAGAAUAAUUCUCUGUUACAAGCAAUUUAUAUCUCCGGUUUCGAGAUGAGUCACGAUGUACUGAAUGACUUUCUGAAUUAUAUUAUAAACAGAAAAACAAUGACGGAGAUUACAUUGUGGGAGUUAGACUGUACCGAGCACGAGCGUUCGUGUACUUUCAGUUUAGAUUUUAGUCAGCAUUCAGAUCUAAGGAAGUUAGUAUUGGGCUGGAUACCUGAAGUGUCACAAUUGAAAGUAAAUAGUCAAGUGAAACACGUGAAGUUGUCGGCUAUCAAUCUAGGUGAAAGGUCGCUGCCUCCUGAAAUGGCGAAUAUUGAAAGUGUUUAUUUGGAGAGUGUAAACAUGUCUGCUUCAACAUUGCGUGAUCUCGUUAAGGUAGUGGAGAAACUUUCACACAAAGUCACAGUAACAAUACACUGGUCGUGUAAGAUAGAACCGGAAACAGAGUUUGAACACGUUAAACAAUAUAUACACUCAUCUCAGAAUUUCCGAGUUACGAAGGAUGAUAGCUGGUGGUUUGUGUUUGAAACAAAAGUUUGAAGUUAACUUACUAAAUAAACUCAGAUUUUAGUGUAAAUAUCUUGUAAACAUUCCAUUCAAAAUAUGUUACACACAAUUAGACAAAUGACAUAUACUUGUGUAUAUAAAUAAACGCGUGUUAAAGUAGACAUUGACAAAAAUUGUUAGAAGUGGAAGAAAAAAAUGGAUGUUCCUAUAUACAAGGAUUAAUACACAAGUCCAGUUUUCCUCUAUACUUCAGUUAAAAGAUCGACGCCAACACCUCAAAACCAUAGACGUACUUCCUGUAUCAAGGCUACGUAUACAUCGCCAUAUUAUACGUGAAUUUACAAAUUGCCGCAAUGCUUCUAGAACUUCCGGUGGUUUGCCUACACACACCAUAACAUACUUGGCAUGACAUCUUGUUUCCGGCCAUUGGAAAACAAAAACUUGAAGGAGUAUAAUCGUAUUGUACCCAGAAGUCUGUUAGAAAAAACUGCUUUCAGUCAUUACUUUUCUUUACCAGAGAUAAAUCAUAUUAUUUUACUUAAAUUAGUUGGUAAAGAAAUGUCUUAUUUUCACUUGUCGCAAAUCGCUUUUGAAUUAAAGUUUUGUACAAAUGUAUGUACGUAUGUGGAAGGGUUUCAAGUAGUCACGCGCGCUGUCGUAAGUCAACCUUUUUUUGAGAAAAAAAGCUUGAUUUGGCUUCAUUUUGAUGCUAAUUGCUAACAAUGUUUAAUUGUUAUUUUAGGACAUUUAGUUUUAAAAUGUCUUGAAAUGGCCGUUUUAUGGCAUACACAAUGUACAUGUACAAUGAAAUUUGCUAUGUUUGACAUACCACGGCGAGGAAAAUACAUUUUUAUGGAAUUGUUUAAAUAUUAAAUGUAUUUUGUUCUAAGAAACAAAUAUAUUGUGAGGAAUGUUUUUAUGUCGUUUCCAAAAUCACUAUUUUUUGCAUAGUCCGUAGCCAUAUACAAUAACAGCUAAUAUUUUCAAGUUGGGGUCCUCUAAAAAGGGAUAUUAUAUGUAUUCUCUGUAGAAAAUUAAUUGUUUCUGGCAGACGGCAUUCAUAAUUUCACAAGUAACGAAGACCUUGUAGAGUCCGUAGCGGACUUUUCAUAAUUUUGAUAAAAAUGUUAAAACUAGGAAUUAUUUUUGUUUCAUAUGAUUGUGAAAAAAGUCUUUGAUUAAACAAUAGAUGAAAACUUUCCUACGUGGAGAAUACUUGUAUGGUUAAAUUGUUGGAGUUACUUACUGAAUGGAAUGCUAAUUUUAUAUCUCUAAUUAAAAUUUUAUAAAGUUUCUACAUAUUAAACGAACAGAUGCUGCAAGAGAAAUAACAUUUUCAUAAAAAAGUUGGUAUCGCAAUGCAAAAAAGGGGACUAUGUACUAAACAUAAGCUUACAAAUAUUACAUUUCAAGUCUAUUUCUGUAGGAAGAUAAUGACGUGCAUAUAUAUUUGAUAGACUAUUGUAGAUGUAUUUUAUGUUUGCCUUAUGUAAUUUCUAUAAUAUAUAUGAACUGUUUUAAGUUUUUAUGUUAAUAUUGAUUGGUUGUAAACAGAAGACAUGAUAGUUUAAUGCUGUUUUGGUCGUAACUUUGUUAUAAUGACACGUUAUUUGCUCACCUGAGAACACAAUAUGUGAUCUUCCUGCGCCCGUCGUUAUCUGUCUUCAUCAAUUUUGACCAAAUUUCAAUGACACUUGAUCAGAAUGAUAGCCUUAAGAAAUCACGGACGAGAUUUUUACUCUACAGUAUGCAUGAUAGCUGUUCCGCAUCAUCACUGACACCAUAUGACGCAAGGGCCAUAACUCUUACACCAAUAUUUCAUGAAUUAUCUCUCCUUUUAAGUUAGAAUGAAAGGCAAUGUGUUUUGUGUUAAUUUCAACUGCCGUGAUUUCUUAAAUAAUUUAAAGUAGUGAAAGAAUAUUCAAAAUCGAAUUUGAAAUUGAGAAAGUUAGCAGCAUUUAAAUACUUGGCCAAAAUGGCAGCCAAUUUGUUUUCAUUGCAACUAAAACAAAAUAGCGGAUUUAUUAUAUUUCUACGCACAUUUUUGAACUGCAUUUUACCUAUAACUGUUAAAUAACUUCUUUAUUUUUAUACGCCCGUAUCUGAGAGAGCGGGGAGUAUUAUGUGAACACCCUUGGUGGCAGGGUGGGCGGGCGGCUUCCAAAACCAUGUCCGAUUUCUAAGUUGAACACUUCUUAUCCGAUCUUUAACAAACUUACUGACAAUGUUUGUGAGCAUAAUUUCUCGGCCAAGUUCUAAAAACUUCAAAUUUAGCCUUAUGCGCUUUCUGAGUCGAACAGUUUUCAUCUGAUCUUCACCAAAUUGUUGACAAAGUGUGUGGACAUAAUAUCUUGGCCAAGUUCGAUAACCACCAAAAGCACCCCAGGUACUGUCAGAUUAUGGUCCUUACUUAACUAGAAAAAACUGCGACUUAAGCCUUGUCCGCCCUCCAAGUCAGUUUCCAUCCGAUCUUCACUAAACUUGACGACAAUGUUAUUUGGCAUAAUAUCUUGGCUAAGUUUAAUUAAUAUCAAGCAACCCAAUUCGCCCCUGACACUAUUGGAAUAUGGCCCUUUAUUUUACGUCACUGAAUAUUUAGUCAGAGGUAUUUUGUGCAAGCCUGGCACUUUUUCUUUGGCGUAAAAUGUUCAUCUCUACGGGACGGAAACCUCAGGUCCCUAUCUCAAAGGUCAAGUUCACACUUUUGUGGUCAAAGGUCAUUAUAAAGCUUGUCCAGGGCUGUAACUUUGCCAUGCAUAUUUAAGCGAUUCCUUUUAUACGCUCUUUUAAUAACGCAACGUAUUAUGGAAACGCUCCUAGUGAGCGGGCGCCGUCCACAAACAUUGUCUGGAGCAUUUCUUCCUCAUGCAUAGAGGGAUUUUGACGUUUCUUGGUACAAAUAUUCACCAACAUGAGACGUAGUGUCAUGCAUAAGAAGCAAGUCCCUAGGUCUAAGGUCAAAAUCAAUAAUGACUUUGUCCGGAGCAUUUCGUCUUCGUGCAUGAAGGGAUUUUUAUGUAACUUUGCACAAUUGUUUACAAUUAUAAGACGGAAUGUGAUGCAUAUAAACCAGGUCCCUAGAUCUUAGGUCAAAGUCACACUUAUAGGUCUGAAGGAUACAAGAAUGACAACUUUUUCUGGAGUAUUUCUUCUUUAUACAUGGAGGGAUUUUCAUGUUACUUUGCACAAAUGUUAACCAACAUAAGACGGAGUGUCAUGCAUAAGAGGCAGGUCCCUAGGUCUAAUGUCAAGAUAUCGCUUAGAGGUCAAACGUCAAAUUCAACGACUAUGUCAGGAGCAUUAUUUCUUCAUGCAUGGAGGGAUUUUGAUGUUACUUUGCACAAUUGUUCACAAUUAUGUGACGGAAUGUCAUGCAUAUAAAACAGGUCCCUAGGGUAAAGGUCAAAAUUACACUUAUGGGUCAAAGAAUGCAGGAAUGAGAACUUUGUCCGGAGCAUUUCUUCUUUAUAUAUGGAGCGAUUUUGAUGUUACUUGGCAAAAAUGUCCACCAACAUGAGACGGAGUGUCAUGCAUAACAAGCUGGUCCCUAGGUCUAAGGUCAAGGUCUCAUUUAGAGGUCAAAGGUCAAAUUCAAUGAUGACUUUAUCCGGAGCAUUUCAUCUUCAUGCAUGGAGGGAUUUUACUUUGCACAAUUGUUCACAAUUAUAAGACUGAAUGUCAUGCACAUAAACCAGGUCCCUAGGUCUAAGGUCAAAGACACACUAAGUCUUAUAGGUCAAAAGACACAAGAAUUACAAAUUUGUCCGGAGCAUUCGUUUUUCAUACAUGGAGGGAUUUUGAUGUUACUUGGCACAAAUGUUCACCACGAUAAGUCGGGGUGCUAUGCACCAGAACUAGUUCUUUAGGUCUAAGGUCAAGGUCACAUUUAGAGGUCAAAUGUCAGAUACAAGAAUGUUUUUUUCCGGAGCAUUUCUUCUUCAUGCAAGGAUUGAUUUUGAUGUUACUAAGCACAAUUGUUCAGCAUCACCAGACGGAAUGUCAUGCACAAGAAUAGGUCCCUAUUUCAGAAUUACUUCCUUUGUUGUUACUGUAAAUAACCUAUAUUGUAUCUUUCUUAUUACUGGCCGUAGAGAUAAAUCAAGACCACUUUUCUGCAGUACAACAAGCAUGUUAAAUCGUAUUAUUUACUAGGUAUAUUUUGAGCUAUCACUACCUGGCAUUAAGGAUAUUUGAGUGGACAUUUUUAAGAUUAACUUCCGUUUGUUGUCAGUAUAAACAACUUAUACUGUAACUGUUUUUUUUCAUAAUUGACCAUAGGAAAACAUGACUACUUUUCUGUGGUACAACGUGGAUAUUACUUAGAAAUUAAGUAUUGUUAGGUAUCUAUUUCGACCUAGUAUGGAGUUUCUUUUUGUGGACUGAGAAAAACAAAAGAAUGACAAGAAUUACUAGCUACCAAAACUGCCAGAAUUUAAAAUACAGUUGCUAGUGUGACAUUCUGGCACACUUGUAUCCAUUUAUAAUGAAAGGUGCCUCUUACACUCAAGAAACAUAAAAUUAAUCUAAAAUGAUUUAAUUCAUUCUUAAAGUAGUUGUUCCACAUCAUCACCUACAUCAUAUGACACAUGUUCUCUAUGACUAGUUGAUAAACGACAUUAUGUCCGAAAUCAUUAGUCCUCCACCUCUGAUUCAUGUGGGGAAGUUGGCAGUUACUUUUUUGAAAAAUAUAUAUAAUAUUUGAGAAAAAAAAAUGUAAGAAAUGUAGAUAAUACUUUUUCUUUUGACAGCAAUAAGUCCUUGUGUAAUGACGAUCGUCACGAAAAUUUUUUUUUUCUUCACUCACUGAAUAAAUUUUGUGAUAAUCCAACAAGAACACUGGUUAGGUUAAUUGCCUGCCGUUAGAUGACUGAAAUACUGUUGAAAAACGGUGUUAAACCAAAAACAAACACACAAAAUCAUAUGACACAAGAUGCAUUACUCUUGCGCCAAUAGUUCAUGAAUGAGGCCUACUGUAAAAUCAUUUAAUUUCGUUGGCAUGAAAUUUCGUGGUUUUGGUCUAAACGGCAAUUUUUUCGGAUGUUGAUUUCAAUUUUUGUACAUAAUAUUAUUAGGAAUUUUACUUGUUUUACUCCUAUUAGAUUUUUGCAAGCAUACCGGUCUGAGGAUUUUGAAUGGCAGAGUAGGUAAAGACUCGAACCUAGGCAAAUACACAUUUGUAAAUAAUCGAGGCUGUAGCGAGAUUGACUACAUAUUAUGUAGACCAGGAAUGUUUGAUAUGAUUGAUCAUUUUGAAGUUGAUGAUCCAAAUAUUUUAUGAGAUCACUGCCUUGCAUCAUGUUGUUUUAUUUAUGAUAGACUGGUAACGGUACACAAUGAUAUGAUACAAGAUAUAGAGUCAGACUGCGUUAAGUCCAAGUAUGUAUGGAAAAAUGAAUUAAAAAUGCAAUUUAUUGACAGAUUGAGUGCAAAUGAAGUGUCACAAAGUUUAGAUGUCUUAUCAAAUGAUAUUUCGUCAUGUUGACUCAUUUUGAAAUGGACAACUGUUUGGGUAGUUUGAAACUAUAAUAAGUAAUGUUGCAUCACCAAUAUUUGAGAAAAAAAAUGUAAGAAAUGUAGGUAAUACUUUUUCUUUUGACAGCAAUAAGUCCUUGUGUAAUGACGAUCGUCACGAAAAUAUUUUUUUUUUCAGUUACUGAAUAAAUUUUGUGAUAAUCCAACAAAUGUAAAUAGAGUAAAUAUGGUUACAUCAAGGAAGGAAUAUAAGGCAUGUGUCAGAAAAUGUCAGUACAAUUAUGAUAAGGAAAAUACUACAAAACGUUUGAAUGCUAGAUUUUAAAAUGCAAAAUUAUAUUGGUCUAUGUUAAAACAAUCAGCAGGUAUUAAACAGUCGAAUAUACAAAUGUCAACUUUUGAACAAUACUUUAAAGUUGUAAACAAUCCAAACGAUAGAUUUUAUAAUCCUGACGAAGAUAUUUUAUUCUUUAAUAAUACAUAUCAUAAUGAUGUGUUUAAAGUCAUGUUUGAUGAGCUUAAUGAAAUGAUUUCUAUUAAUGAAAUACACUUAGCAAUAAAGCAGCUUAAAAAUAACAGAUCAGGAGGUCCUGCUGAUUUAAUGUUAAAUGAGUUUUUCGUGUUUGGUAAAGAUGUACAUGUACUUGUACCGGUUUUAUUUGUAUUAUUCAAUAAGAUUUUUGAAAUGAAAUAUUUUCCAGAAAAAAAUAGACUGAAGGAUAUGUUAUACCUUUACAUAAAAAGGCAGUAUAAAUAAUGUCGAUAAUUAUCGAGGCAUUAUUUGCUUAGUUGUUUAAGAAAACUGUUUACACGUAUAUUAAAUAACAGGCUUAAAGGUUGGGCGGAAAAGUAUAAUGUGUAUGUAGAAGUCAACGCCGGUUUUAAGCCAAAUAUGAGCACUACUGACAAUGUUUUUGUAUUAAAGGGUUUGAUAAAUCAUGUCUUAAAUCAAGGGAAGCAACUUUUUACCCUAUUUGUGGAUUUUAGAAAGGCUUUUGAUUACGUUGUAAGAGAUAAUCUUUGGUAUAAAAUGAUAAAAUUAAGUAUACGUGGUAAAAUGUUAGACAUUAUUAUAUCUAUGUAUGAAUCUGUAAAGUCAAGAGUAAAGUAUUUAAAUCAACUUACCGAAGAAUAUACAUGUAUGCUCGGUGUAAGACAAGGGAAGCAUUUCUUUUUUUCACUAUUCGUAAAUUAUAUAGAAUACGUUUUUAUACAAAGUGGAACUAAGGGGAUUGAUGUUAAUAUGUUAAAAGUUUUCUUGCUAUUACAUUUGUAUAUGCAGAUGAUAUUGUUGUAUUUGCUAAUUCAUCUGAAGAACUGCAGCAAUAUAUCGAUGUUUUAAGUGAUUAUUGUAAGACUUAGAGAAUGAAAGUUAACACCUCUAAGACAAAAGUUAUGAUUUUUAGAAAAGGUGGUACAUUACCAAGAAAUAUUGCUUUUUUAACGAUGGUGAGCCAGUUGAAAUAGUAAAUAAAUUUUCCUAUUUAGGAAUUGUUUUUACGUGUCGGGGAUCACUUAAAACAGCCCAGAAUACAUUGUAAAGCCAGGCACAAAAAGCAAUGUUUAGAUUAAAUAAAUAUUUAUACAAGUUUACAUAUAUUUCUCCUUAGCACAAACUAGAUUUACUUCAUAAAUUGGUAACACUUAUCUUAAAUUAUUGUAGUGAAGUGUGUGGUUUUGCAAAUGAUAUAUCCAUCAAACGAGUACAUCUUCAGUUUUGUAAGAAAUUGUUAGGCGUCAGGAAAACGACACAAAAUGAUUUUAUAUAUGGUGAACUCGGUAGAACAAACUAUAAAUGUAUCCAUCAUUUUAAUGUUAUUAAGUAUUGGAUAACAAUUCUACAUGCAAAAGAAAAUAAAUAUGUAUAUCGAGUUCAUAAUAUGCUAAAACAUGAUUAUAAACAUAACCCGAAUCGGGUAAACUAGUGCUCUUUAGUAAGAAAUUUGUUAUGUACAGUAGGUUUUAUGAUGCUUGGCUCCAACAAAAUAUUGGUAAUGUUGAUCUAUUCUUACAUGUAGUGAAACAAAGGAUAACAGAUCAGUUUGUUCAAAACUGGAACAAUAGAAUUAACUACUCGAGUAGAGCUUUAUUCUGUAGAAACAUUACAUCUUUCCAAUUUCAGCCAUAUUUAGAUUAUUUCACUGUAAACAAAUUCUGCCAGUCAUUAGCUGGAUUAAGGGUAUCGUCACAUAGAUUGAAUAUUGAAUAUGGUAGAUGGGCAAGACAAAUUCGUUUACCAGUAAAUGAAAGGAAAUGUAAUAUUUGUUAUAUGCUUGAAGAUGAGUAUCACUUUAUAAUUGAAUGUCUAUUAUAUGUUGAUUUAAGGAAACGAUUUAUAAGUUCAAGAUACUGGAAAUGACCAAAUAUGAUCAAGUUUAUUGAACUUAUAAAAACCGAAAAUAAAUCAGUCUUAGGAAAAUUAGGAUCUUUUAUACACAAUGCUUUUGUUAUAAGAAAUGACUAUUUGUUUAGAUAAGAAUAAAAGGUAUUAAAAUCAUCAUUUAAUUUUAUCAUUACUUCGAUUUGUAGUUUAUCAGUGUAGUUAAGCCAGUACAUUAAAUAUAACACAAUUUUUAAAAUGUCAAUGUUUCAAUCAAUGUAAUAUUUCCAAAAUGUUAACCUUUAUUUGUUUUUUGGGAAAAGGUUAACACUUAAUGGAAUAUUUUAUACAGUAAAGUUAUUAUCAUCUGGACCUUUCUUUUUGCUUUCGUGAAAGGUUUACGGUGAUCUUGGUUUUGAUGUAUACAUGUAUAAUUAUGUAUAUGUAUAUAUUUCUCUUGGUACGACAUUGUUUAUGAACAUGGCAGAGUGUUUCUUGUAGUAUGGUUACAUAUAAUUAUGUGUCUAUGUAGAUACCUCUUCUGCUAUUAGAAUUGUAUAUUUAGCAAAAUUACAUGUAAUCUUCUCCGGCUAUUUAGAACAUUUGUCAUUAAGUUUCAAAUAUUAUUUGUUAAUAUCACUGUUCGUCAUAUUACUACCAUGCAAUGCUUUUCCUCAUGAGCUUCUUAGCCUAAUGGAAUGAAAUACUUAAUGUGAACUUACUUGUUCGUUGGGAUUAAUUUUCGGGGAUUGACUCAAUCGCGAAAUCCACGAAAAUUAUUUACCCACGAAUAUUAAUGAUUUCACAGUAUGACGGUUCCCUGCUUGCUUAGAAUACACUAAUUUAAUGUGUUGAUAAAUUGUAUUAUUUAUACUGCCUUUUUAUGCAAAGGUAUAACAUAUCCUCCAGUAUCAUAAUCCUGAUACUAUAAGUAAUGAAGACAUUAGGUAUGCCCAGCUACCCAAUCCUGAGCUUACAUAGUAUUGACCAGACUGACCAAAAAGAAAUAAACUGAUUAUAAUAAAUUGAAUUCUUUCGGUUUGUUGAUAGUGUACAAAUUGAUUUUAUCUCAUCAUAGCUGUGCAAAAUCAGUUCAUAAUAAAUAUUAUUACAUAUUCGCUUCUGUUCCCCGUUAAGUUACACUGGUACAAGAAACGUCAAUAUUUUUUCCAUACACUGACGCCUGAAUUUCUUAUCGGGUGCGUGGCGUAAUUCAGUCUAUGUUGUUGCACUAUUUUGUUCUAUUUAGUUAAGAUUGUCAAUUGAACAAAUUCAUGAUAUUCACAUUACAUUUAUAGGUGUAGAUGCGUAUGUAGUUAAAAGGUUAUUAUCUUUGCAAUGGGAAAUAUGCACUCGUUCUUCGGCGGAAGAAUAUUGCGCUCCUAAAGUACUGAAGAACCCGUGCAUAUUCCCGCGGUACAAAGCUAAUAAGUAACCUUUUAUCAUUGUUCAUGAAGUGUAUGUCCAUACUUGAGUAUUUUAUUUCAUUUUGUUUUAUGUCAUUAACUAGUGUAGGUUCACAGUGUAACACAUAUUUUGAUAAAUAAUAUAAAUCAAAAUUGUGUAAUUUAUUGGAAUAAUAUAAAUACAUGAAAAUAUAACUAUGUCACUGA